UUUCCUACUUUACUCGUGCCAUGCAUCCGGUGGACACAUGUCAGGCCUCCACGUGUCGCAGGUAUCGAUGAGUUCAUGUUUACCUGACAAAUGAUGUGUACUUGACUUGGUAGUGAGACUUUCCGAUUUGUUAUUGCGUCAGUUUCAUACAAGAGUACAUAAACUCAUCGUACUCCAAUAAUGUUGGUAACGUAGAGGCGCAGUGAAAUAAAACACCAGCGGCCCUGCUUGACGCCCAGGGUCCAGAAUAGGGUUUUUAGGUGUGAGAUAAAAUCUGCCCCCCUCAUAACAGGACACAGAGAAAAGCCAAACAAGUGUUAUGACUGUGGAAUGACCUUGUCGACUACAGAGUCACGACCGGACUCGUUAGGAGUGAAGCCCUAUCAAUGUGAUAUCUGUGGCAAGGGGUUCCAACACACAGGUAGCUUAACAAUACACAUCAGAACACAUACUAGAGAGAAGCCAUACAAAUGUGUUAUCUGCCAUAAGACCUUUGUUGCAUCAGGUCACCUUCUGUCACACAUCAAAAUACAUACUGGUGAGAAGCCAUAUGAAUGUGACAUUUGUCAUAAGGCAUUCAGUCGUGCGGCUCGUCUAAGGUCACACCUCAGGACACAUACUGGAGAGAAGCCUUAUAAAUUUGAUAUCUGUCCUAAGGCGUUCAGUGUAGCAGUUCAUCUACGGAGACCCCUCAUGACACAUACUGGAGAGAAGCCACACAAAUAUGACAUCUGCAGUAAAAUGUUUAUUGAAACAGGAAACCUACAGAAACACCUCAGGACACAUACUGGAGAGAAGCCUUACAAAUGUGAUAUCUGUCAUAAGAGAUUCAGUCAGACAUGUAACUUAAAAUUACAUGUCAGGACACAUACUGGAGAGAAGCCAUAUAAAUGUGAUAUUUGUCCUAAGGCAUUCAGUCAAUCAGUUAAUCUACGGUCACACCUCAGGACACAUACAGGAGAGAAGCCAUAUGAAUGUGAUAUUUGUCCUAAGGCAUUCAGUCAAUCAGUUAAUCUACGGAGACACCUCAAGACACAUACUGGAGAGAAGCCAUAUAAAUGUGAUAUUUGUCCUAAGGCAUUCAGUCAAUCAUUUAAUCUACGGAGACACCUCAAGGCACAUACUGGAGAUCUAGAGAAGCCAUAUAAAUGUGAUAUUUGUCCUAAGGCAUUCAGUCAAACAGUUAAUCUACAGAAACACCUAAAGACACAUACUGGAGAGAAGCCAUAUAAAUGUGAUAUUUGUCCUAAGGCAUUCAGUCAAUCAGUUAAUCUACGGAAACACCUAAAGACACAUACAGGAGAGAAGCCAUAUGAAUGUGAUAUUUGUCCUAAGGCAUUCAGUCAAUCAGUUAGUCUACGGACACACCUCAGGACACAUACACAUAUGUCAGUAGCAAGGAAUUUAGUCCAGCAAGUUAUAUAAUUACCUAAAGACAAAUCUUAGGAGAUAUACAGGAGAGAAUUAAACCAAACAUAAUAACAUAUGUCCGUGGAAGGAUAUUUUGUCAGAAAAAAUAACUUAUAGGGAUUGACACCUCAGAAAAAUACAGGGAAACUAGUUCUGUUGGUCUGACGAACUCUUUGUCCAUUGGGAUGACUAAAUAAAUUUUUUUUCGUAA